AUGGUCUGCAAAAUACUACCAAAAAUACAGAGCCCAACGCGGCGGCCGCCUAGCACUGAUGUUCAGCAGGAUGCAAUGCCGGAGGUGGCUGAUUAUGAAACAGCUUUAGACAUUGCUGGAUACGGCCGCUUUAGUAGGAGCGUGCUGGGCGCGUGCGCAGUAUCGUUCUUUGCAUCAGGAGUCCAGAACUGCGUGAUGUCAUACGUCCUGCCUGCUGCCAGGUGUGAGCUCGAACUCACCACUUAUCAGGCUGGACUGAUCAAUAUGGCGUUUAUGAGCGGUGGUGUAGCCAGUGCAUUCUUCUGGGGUAUAGUGGGCGACGUGUUUGGCAGAAGGAACGUGCUCAGCAUGACUCUCCUACUGGACGCUACCAUCACACUGGCACAGAGCGCUGUGGCUGACUACCGGUUACUGCUGGCUGCUAGAACUAUCAACGGAUUUGUGAUAGGUGGCCCUGCAACCCUGGUGUUCUCCUACCUCUCAGACCUCGUGGGACCUAAGAAGAGACAGCUGUACCUGAGUGUGGUCGGCAUGAGUUUCAUAGUCGCAUGGCUGAUUUUACCAGCUAUCGCCUGGCUGGUAAUACCGUUCAAGAUGGCUGACUAUGAGACCUUACUCCCGAUCUACUCCUGGAGGUUAUUCCUAGCCCUCUCCAGUAUUCCAGGGUUUAUCUCAGGAGGGUGGGUUCUCGCCCUUCCGGAGAGCCCCAGGUUACUGUCAGAUACCAACAGGAGUGAGAAGGCAUUGAAGAUCAUGGCGUACAUUUAUAAGACUAACCAUGGGACCAGUGCUGAAUUUAAGAUAAAAAAACUCAUCCAGGAUGAGGUAUUUGUGGGAAAGACCCUCAGUAGUGAAGAGAGUAGGACCAAGGUUCUGUUCUUGAGCGUCAUCAAAGACCUGAAAACCUUCGUCUCCAAGAGUUAUGCGGUCAAGUCCAGCCUGAUACUUUUUAUGUUCUUCGCUAAUAUGGCUGCUGGUUUUGGCCUAAACAUGUGGAUUCCAGAGCUGCUCCUCCGCAUCCAAGGCAGAGAGUGCAAGCUGACUGCAUCUACCGCUAAACCAGAAAACGCAAGACUCUUUAAUGCCACAACCCACUGGAAGGAUCUGAAGUAUGAUUCAUAUGGCAAAGAGAUACCAGUUCCAGGGUUCAAUGACAGCAGCAACUUUGAUGACCAUUUUGGACAGGGAAUUCCUUGUGAUUCCACUAUCGAUUCGGAGGUAUUCACGUCAGGUCUGAUUGUUGGAGCUUGCUGUGUCCUCGGCAAUGCUGCAUGUGCCAUCCUCUGUGCUCGAGGGGGAGCUCUGGGAGUCCGUCGAGCAGCAAUAGCUUGCACAGCAGUCUGUGCCCUCGCUAGUGCCUGUUUAGCAGCCACUGCAUGUUCCUGCUCCAGUUUCAACAAAAUAGCCGUUGCAGCCGCUGCAGCGCUGAAUGCAGCAUCUCUCAAUGGAAAUGUGCUGUUGAUACGACUUCUGCUGCAUGCUUUACCGGCUAGAUUGAGUGGUCUAGGAGUGUGCUGGGGAGCCUGGUGGGGUAGAGCUGGUGGCGUGGCCUCUAACUUAGCGGUAGGGGUGUUACUGGACUUCUCCUGUCCUGCGCCCUUCAUUGCAGUGGGGGCUUUACUUGCGUUAUCCAUUGGUGCCAUAAUGGUGUUAAAACUUGGAGAAGAAAGAGAAGAAGAAAGUCAGAAGAAAGAAGAAGAACUUGACCACGGUCAGGAGAAGAAUACUGGACUAGACAGAUAUAUAUCCACGUAUAUGUAG